CUUUUAUCGUCCUCGUAAACAGUGAAUCCCUCUCUUCUCUGCGUUUUGUUUUGUCUCUAAGCUGUAUGUUAUGCUCAGAGAGAGAGAGAGAGAGAGAUGGAGUCCAAAUUACCCAACCUGGGCAUUGGGUCUCUCACCCCGUUCUCACACUCAGAUUUGAAAUUUGAAUACCGUUUUCGGCACCACCCUCCUUUUGGGUUCUUCCCAUGUUCAGCUCUCUUCUUCGCGCCCCCGUCUGUUUCGCCCUCUCUUUGACCGCCUCGGUCACUCCCCAACCCCAAAGCCCCAACCUUGACCACCAAUCCCAUUGCAUUGCAUCCCCCCAUUUUUAUCUUAACCCACUAAUUUUCUAUCACUGCCUUUAUCAAACACUUAGUAUGCACUAACAAAUCUCUCCAAAACAAUGGACAAAACACCUCAGAGCAGUGAAAGCAACGAUAGCCCACCAGUUGUUAGUAACUCCCAAGACCAUAAGUUCAGCAACAGCGUGAGUAUAGGCCUAUGUAGCGGCACUGUUUCUGGGUCUGAUAACAGUGUGAGUAGCAGCCAUGGAACUCCGGAAAAAACUAACAAGAAUGUUGAACCUCUUAAGUUGUUCUGUGAAGAAGAAAGUGAGAAGAGUAGUUCGAGUUUUGCUAGUAUUUCCAAUAGUUUUGAUGGGAAUGACACUAGUUUUAGGAGCUUUUGCCCAUCGAAACCUCACAAGGGAAACGACAUUCGAUGGGACGCGAUUCAGUUCGUGAAGAGUAAAGAUGGGGACUUGGGUUUGGGCCAUUUUAGGCUUUUGAAAAAGCUUGGUUGUGGGGACAUUGGGAGUGUGUAUUUGGCCGAGUUGAGGAAUAUGGGUUGCCUAUUUGCAAUCAAGGUGAUGGACAAGGGCAUGCUUGCUGGGAGGAAGAAGUUGGUGAGAGCUCAGACUGAGAAGGACAUAUUGGGUUUGUUAGACCAUCCAUUUCUUCCGACCCUUUAUUCCCAUUUCAAGACGGAGAAGUUUUCUUGCUUGUUAAUGGAGUUUUGCAGUGGUGGUGAUCUUCAUACGCUUCGACAACGCCAACCGGGCAAGCAUUUUACAGAGCAAGCGGCUAGGUUUUAUGCUUCGGAAGUUCUUCUUGCUAUGGAGUAUCUUCACAUGUUGGGAGUAGUGUAUAGGGAUCUUAAACCUGAAAAUGUACUGGUUAGGGAGGAUGGCCAUAUAAUGCUGUCUGAUUUUGAUUUAUCAUUAAGAUGCAAUGUGAACCCAACUCUUGUUCGGUCUAGUACCGAACCAUCUUGCCGAAUCUCUUCAUACUGCAUUGAGCCAUCGUGCAUUGAUCCAACCUGCAAAUUGCCAGUUUGUGUGGAACCUUCUUGCUUGCAACCUUCUUGUUUCAAGCCUCGAUUUUUAAGCUCCAAAACAAACAAGACGAGAAGUGAAAGAACGAGUGUGACAAAUUCAGAUUCACUCCCUGUCCUUAUUGCGGAACCAACGAAUGCUCGGUCCAUGUCCUUUGUUGGUACUCACGAAUAUUUGGCUCCUGAAAUCAUAAGAGGAGAUGGUCAUGGAAGUGCUGUUGAUUGGUGGACUUUUGGUAUUUUCUUGUACGAGUUGCUCCAUGGCAAGACACCCUUCAAAGGCAAUGGAAAUCGAGAGACGCUGUUCAAUGUUGUGGGACAGCCCCUCAAGUUUCCUAGUGGAUCUAAUGUUAGUUUUGCUGCCAAGGAUCUCAUCCGGGGUUUACUAGCAAAAGACCCUCAAAAGAGAUUAGGAUUUAAGAGAGGGGCUACUGAAAUAAAGCAACAUCCAUUCUUUGAAAGUGUUAAUUGGGCUCUCAUUCGAGGCACUCACCCUCCAGAGAUUCCCAAACCAAUUGAUCUAUCAUUCUUAAACCACACGUCCAAGCCAGAAGUGCCUCCAAAUAACAAGACAACACCAUACUUAGAUAGUUUAUCUAGAAAUGAACUUUUGGAAAAUGAAAGGUGUGAACAAGACAAGACACAGUAAAGUUGUGACUUUGAUGGGGACUAAGGAUGCUUUUUAGCAAGAAAUAUGUUUCAAGAGCUCUCCGUUUGCGAUGGUCCUCUCUCUCUCUCUCUCUCUCUCUUCCAAUUCUCUUUUAACUGUAUGGGGGUUAUGCUGAGAUGGUAUUGGGUAUUCCAAAAGUGGUCCUUUAUUCCUUUUCAACCAACAGGUCUUUUCUUACACGUAAAACACUUUAAUCAUACCGCUCUUUUCCUUUGCUUAGCCUCCAAUAGAACAUUAAAGUUAGACACUGGUGCUUGGCGUCUUAACGAAUAUUGUAAAAUACAGCAUUUUCAUCAGCUCUCCCUUUUCAGUUGCAUGCUUAUUC